AUGCGACGAAUGUUCUCAUAUGCGUCAAAGUUCAAUCAAGACAUAUCAACGUGGAACGUCAGCAACGUGCGUUCAACGAGAGCGAUGUUCGCGUCGGCGUCGCGCUUUGAUCAAGACAUCACGGUGUGGGAUUCUCCCCUACUGUUGUCGAACGAAACAUUCGCCAUGUUCCACUGUGCGAACGCUUGGCUCGCGACGCACAAAAGAAGUGACGGUUCACUGCACACCACGGGCCCGCCAAGUGCGUGGACUAUGUCUGCCGGUGCAUGGACGGGCAGCACUUGCGGGGACGUCCAAAGUGAUGCAUCCAACGAUAUCAACGUCACCUUCCACGUAUCAGGUCCGUUUACGACAGAAGACGCAUCAGCUGGUGAUAGGGUUGGGCAACGAAUGUCUACAUCUGGGAACGUCACUCUUGUAGGCUACGCGAGAGACGACGUGACGAGUACAUCGCGCGGCGCCGCAUACAUAUUCGAACGCAAUGUCGCAGGAUGGACGCAAACGCACAAGCUCACUCCCUCGAACGCGUCGCAAUUCGAGGAUUUUGGUGUAUAUGUAAAACUUUCUGGUGAGACUGCGUUCAUAGGCAGCACUGGGUCAAAAUCCUCCAUACACGUAUUCCGACGAAUAGGCUCGACGUGGACGGAAACUCAAAUUCUCACGGUACCCGCUGACGUCGAUCUGACUUCUUCACAACGGUUUGAAUUGACUGCGACGCGUGCGUUCAUUCAUGGACGAGACGCACAGCGCAGAUGGCAAAGAAUGAUUAUUGUAUACAAGGUUUUGUCGAACGGGACAUGGGUAUACGACACACGAAUACCUUUAGAAGUGACUAACUUCUGGCCGGGUUAUCACAAUCGAGCCCCUGCCCCGGGGUAUUAUCGUAUGCAGAAAGCUGAAAAUGAUCGACUCUUCGUGACCAUGUACAAAGGUAGCAUCUAUCACGGUGCCGAAGAUCGUGCAUUUGUUUUCAAAUACUCAGGUUCAUCGUGGACUCUGGAGGCGGAGUUGCCUUCCAUAGGACCUUAUUCUAUGUGUCGACGUGGUGCAUUCACGGGUUCAAUCGUGCUGAUAAGCUGCGAAGACCAGCUUUACAUGGACAUAUACUCCGCUAGGGGUGCCGUGUACGUGUACGAGCGCAACGAAUCGAACUGGUACCUCACGGCGUCCAUCGAGCCACCGGACGCAACUCAGUACUUUGGCAGGACAAUCGACAUUUCUGGCGAGUAUGCGCUUAUCGGUGACACUCGAACGCACCCGUACGGUGACUCUCAAGGUAACAGGGGCGCCGAUGCCGGAGUCGUUUACGUUUUCCAACGCAUAAACGCGUUCACGUGGGUCGAAAAAACGCGCAUUUACGCGAAUGACGCAGCCCCAAGUGACCUUUUCGGAUACUCACAACCAAAUUACGCCUUCACGGGCUCGCGCGCGAUGGUUGGCGCUGGCGGGCACGGCGCAAACGGUCAGGACAGCGGCGCCUUUUACGAAGUCAACUUUGAGUUCAAGCCGGUUACGAAUACAUCGAGCGGAACCUCCGGGGUUACGAAUACAUCGAGCGGAACCUCCGGGGAUACGAAUACAUCGAGCGGAACCUCCGGGGGGCUCUUUGAUCUGUUCUCAAGCGGCACGUCGUCGCGCGUCCGCCCCAUCGCAGUCGUCGCGUGCGCGCUUUUGUUGGCGUCGACGCUCGCGUAA